AAUAGUUUACAUACAACGACCGAAGCUGAGAAAGUUUUCGCAUUGAUCGUGCAUCUUGCUUCGAAAAGAACACUUUUAUUUUUUCUUUAUGUAAAUUUGCUGCAGGUAAAAUCUAUCUCGCUCAAGAUGAAACGCGCAUUAAUGGCUAUUUGCAUCCUCGUGGCACUCACGCUGCCGGGAUUUAUUUACGGACGUCCAGCGAUCGAUAACAAUGGGUCGAUGUUAAGCAUGUCAGUGACACGUGCUUCAAAGCCGGAAGAUCUCUUGGAUUACGAGCGAAAGGCGAUUCUACACUCGGAUUCUACACUCGUGGAAGAAAACGCGUCGUUUCCGAUUAAAUCACGACAAAAACGACUAUCCGACCAGAGAAGAGCCGAGCUGGAAACAUUAAUGACUUUGUCGCGAAUUACCGGCAAGCGAUCGCUAAUGAUAAUGGCAGAAGGAAACGGGACACUAGAUCCAAUAAAAAUAGGCCGAAGAAGGCGUUUCACGCUGGACCAAAUACCCAUCAAACUACUGCCCAUUCAUCAUAUUGACAAACAAAAACUUGACGGAGAUCCUGCGUAUCCUCUGAUUAGUUGAUAAAACCGUAGAUGGGAUGUUCGAGAGACGCAAGCGUUUUAUAUCACGGAGGAUGAGCCUACCACGUAAAAGAAAUCUUUGAAACAUUGCAUUGUUUCGGAAUGACCGUUUAAAAAUUAAUUGCGGAAUGACGAAAAACGAGAAAAUUAUGUCACGCAACGAGACAUGGUAGCCGCAUGAAGAAUAUUUGUAGAAUUUUGCAGAUUUAUUGGAUUCAGAAAAAUCCAUCAACAUCAACGAAUAAAAUAGCUUUCAAUUUAUUCGUAUCUUUGAAAACUAGAGAAACGAGUGGGUGGAUUGUUUCUCGACGGAUUUACAAUCUAUUUAUAGAUUGUUUUUUGAAAAAAAAGAGUUACUUUGUGUUCCUUCUUACUAAAUAAGAUAAAUAUGUAUAUAUGUA